GCCCCGCCCCCCUAUCUCCAUUGCUAACUUAUUAAACUCUCUUGCCAUCACCUACCACCAUAACCUCAAACUCUCAAGCCUCACAUCCACACCCACGCUUUUGGACCCAGGUGAAGUGCUCGCGGAAGCCUCUUCUCUCCUGGGCUCUUCGCACUAACUAGAGAAAGAAAUGGGAAGAGCUCCUUGCUGUGAGAAGGUGGGGCUGAAGAAGGGGAGGUGGACGGCAGAGGAGGAUGAGAUACUGAUCAAGUACAUUGCGGCCAAUGGAGAAGGGUCCUGGAGGUCCUUGCCUAAGAAUGCAGGCCUGUUGAGGUGCGGCAAGAGCUGCAGGCUAAGGUGGAUAAACUACCUCAGAGCUGACCUCAAGAGAGGCAACAUUUCGAAGGAGGAGGAGGAGAUCAUCAUCAAACUUCAUGCCACUCUAGGAAACCGGUGGUCCUUGAUAGCUGGUCAUCUUCCUGGAAGGACUGAUAACGAGAUCAAGAACUACUGGAACUCCCACCUAAGUAGGAGAGUCGACAGCUUCCAGAGGCUCGUCGGCGAUGGCGAGGUCAUGACAGUGGACCUCAGCAAGCUCCCCGGCGGCGGCAAGCGAAGGGGUGGAAGAACUAGUAGGUCGGCCAUGAGGAAGAACGCAGUGAAUGGGACUACCAGAAGAGAGACGAAUGAGAAGGGUAUUAGCCCCCCAACCUCAUCAGCACAAGCUCAAAGCGAUGAGGGACGAAGCAUGGUUUUGGACCCAGGCCAGAACCAAGCUAGCUGUGUCACCUUUGAAGGUCUUAACCAAGGGGCAUUGGAUCCUAAUGAAGACAUGGUGAGUGGGCUCCUGAGCCCGAGCCCCAUAGAGAGUGGGCUCUGGGGAGCAUGCAGUCAUGAGAUGGAGGCCAUUCUUUUUGGUGCGAGCGAGGACAGCAGUGUGGGGUGCGGGUCCCACGAGGAAAGGGAGAGUGGGAGCUCAAGUGAGGAGAGAGAGGGUGGGGCCCUUGUCCUGCAUGGGGAUGGAGAUGGUGGAGCCAUGGACUUGGAGGAGGAGGGGAGGGGAGGCGGGGUAAUUGCCCAAGGUGAGGAGGAGGUAGGGUCUGCCGAAGCAGACAAGUUCAUGGAUUGGGACCUGGGAGGAAUUGAGGCCAAGCUAUGGGAUGAGGCAGGAGAGAUGUGGCCAUGGCAGUGGCAUAGUGAGGAUGGGGAGCUGGGGCUGCAGGGAAUAGAUGACUGCGGUUACCAAGAAGACUUUUUGGAUAAUUGGCUUAUUUCGGAUGUCCUAUAAGAGAGGUUUUGUGCUGGUGGUGGUGGCCUUGGAGGAUUUCUCCAGGUUUGCCACGUUUGGGACGCUGUAUAAAAGGACAGAAAAUUAAGUUUUUAUAGCGUCGUGUACGUGUGUGGCUCGGUAUUCAUGCAUGUCUUGUAUCCAUGAAAACAGCUUCUUUGUGGGAUAUGCUCAUGGGGAAUCUCCUUUUUUUGGAAUCUUUUUUUUUUCCUUCCCUAAAUGGAAUCUUUUUUCCUUGGGGAAGAGAGAUUGCGUUGUAUUUUUGUAGAGAAGAGCUCUUCAUUAGAAUAAUUAUUGCUUGUGGUCCUAAGUA